AUGGAUUCGAACCCGACCCCCGAUGCAACUCCCGACAGUCCCCGAUCGGACCUCGCUCCCGAGAAGGCGCCCGCUCCCGACCCUCCAGCGAGCUCAAAACCUCCUACCUACGAUUCUACCUCAUUGGACGUAAAUCAGCCAUCUUCAAUCCCAAACGACAAUAUAAAAGACGAAACGUCCGCCACGCAUAUAACACCCCCUCCGACUCCCGGUGUGCCCCAGGACCCACGAGAUCGACCAAUGGAUUCGGUUCCGUCCAUCGAGCACGCUCCGAGCUCUGAAGCAUCUGCCGAAGCCCCGCAUUCGCCUGACCUUUCCUCGAUCACCACUCCUGUUCCUGCUUCUGAACCUGCACCUGCGUCUGUGUCUGCACCUACUAGUUCGCCUCCACCACCUGCCUCUAUGCCUAUCCCUGCUGUCCCGCCGGUCCACACGACCCAUCUCCCGUUGACGAUGGUCCAGACGACGGUCGAAGCAGGUCAAAAUCUUACUGCUCGCCAGCUCGGCCAACGUGCCCGCCGCGCGCGCGAACGAGAACUCCAAGCACAGGGGCUUUAUACGCCUAAACGCCGUACUUCGAGCUCGGCGACUAUGUCGGAUGUACAUCCUACUCCUACUCAACCUAUCCAUUCUCAAACCGAAACUCCAUCCCACUCUCACUCUCAGUCCCAGUCCCAGGACGUGACGAUGCAAAGCGCAGACGAAGGAGGGGACGACGACGGAGAAGGAGAGCUCGAGUCCGAGGUUGCGGGAUCCGUACCGAGCGUCCCGCCCCAUUCCGCAUCGCACCUUAUCCCGCCCAUCGCUGUUCUCGCGCCCGUUUCGACGCCCAGUCGAGCGUCCUUGGCUCAGCGUGCGCGGCGGGACCGCGAGCGUGCUGCCCGAAUUGGAGGAUCGACUCCGAAUGCUAGUCCGAAUGGGGCAGGAGGACAUGGUACCGAUGAUUCUCAGUCUCCUAGUGCCGUUGCUAGCACUAGUGCUACUACUACUACUACUACUACUACUACUACUACUACCAUCGUCCAGCCCAUCCCGUUCAACCCCCACAUCUCGCCCGGCCAAACUCAGCCCCCCACGCUCACCCGGGGCCAACUCGCUCAACGCGCGCGACGUGCGCGAGAACGCGUCGAACGGGCCGCCAAGGCCGCCAACGGCGCCGCACCCGGCGAAUCCUGGACCCCGUCCCUCAACUCGACCACGGACGGGAGUGGCGGGAUGAGUUCCGCGGGCGAAGCGGUGUUUGCCGUCGCCCCUCCCCCACCCGGAUUCAACACCUCGGUCGUUGGCGUCGGCGUUGGGUCGUCUACUCAACUCGGACAGACGAGUCCGCAGGCCGGGUAUGGUGUUGGGUUGGGCGCCGCGCAUGUCCCUCAGCAGUUGAAUCGCGCUCAGCUGGCGCAGAGGGCGCGUAGGGCCCGGGAACGACAGCAGCGGAUUGCGGCGGCUGCUACGCAUGCGUCGGGUGUGCCCCAUAUGUCGCCCAAGUCCCAUGUUGUGGGCCCCAGAUCCGAUUCAAGCUCGGUCCCGCCCGGUUCGCCUGAUGUGCUCGUCCGUCAUCAUACCUCGAGUCCCGCUCGGACCUCGUUGUCGCCCAUGACAAACUCGACGACGGAUACUCCGGCCCCGCUCAGUAUUGGUCCUCAAUUCAAUCAAGUCUUCAAGUCCUUGACUGCUGGUGACGAUGGUGUUUCGCGUGCGAUUGCUGAUUCCGGCGCAGGCGUACUUUCUACUUCCUCGGGAGGGCGAACGAGUAGCCCUGCGGAACGAGUGACCCCAACUGUCGCCGCCCCUAAAGCAGAAGAACCGACCAAGGUGGAAGAGUCCAUGGAUGUCGAUCACGAGGACAAUGUAGAUCAACUGAGCGACGAGGCUCCCACCCCUUCUCCUGAGCUCGCCCCUGCCCCCACCCUUGCCCCCGCACGCGCGUUAACUCCGCCACCUAUGCAAUCUAUCCAACCAGGGCCGGCGUCCCCCAAGCCUCAGCCAGAAGUUCACAGGUCAGCGGUUCAAUCCGUGGGCGCAUAA